CGCUGAACUGCUGAAUAGUAUUGGAGCACGCUUGGGUCACUCAAAGGGUUUAACUUUCCACAGCAAGAUGACUUCAUACACGUGGAUUUUAUUUCUGCUGGCAGGUCUCGCAGCAACAAGAGCGCAAGAAUUGGACCUUGGCGACGCCUUUGGUGAUGAUGAUGAGAUCCCCACAGAGAAGCCAAAAGUGAAACCACCCCCACCCAAAAAGUCAGAUCCAGGAUUUGAUUUGUUAGAUGCUUUUGAUUCAGAGCCUAAAAAUCCUGCUGUUGUUCCCCCCAAAUCAGUGGAUGAUAAAAAAAAAACAGCAUCUGGAGGUGAGCUGGAUCUGUCUGAUGCGUUUGGUCCAGAUACAGAGCCCAAAAAACCUGUGGUCCCACCUAAAGAAAGAGGAACUGGUGGUGGAUCUUUUGAUGACAGUGAUCUUGCUGGUGUGAAUGAGGAUAGUGGAUACAAACCUGAUGGAGGUCACAGUGGAGGGCGAGGAGGAGCCCCUUCCAAUGAUGAUCAAAGCGGUGGUGGCGCUGAGCAACCUCAAGGCGGAGCUCUGGCUGCCAUCAUCAGUUCUGUAGGAGUUGCUGUUCUCGGUGCCGCCUCUAGUUACUUUGCAUAUCAGAAAAAGAAACUUUGUUUCAAAAUGCAAGGAGGGGGAGAUCCAGAGAGUGGCAAAAGCCAUGGUACUAAUUCCGAGCCACAAGCUCUCAGUAACCUGCUCCGUUCAUCAUAACUGAUGCUGGAUCUGAGCACUGAAAGAAUAUAUGCGUUGAGCAUGUACAGAUAUGGAGAGCCUAACCCUAUGGGAAACAUCUGUUUUGUAAAAUGCUGGGCUUAGUGUAAGUGUAAAAACAUUAGUGCCAUUUUUUUUUUUUUUUUUUUUUUUUGGGAUGCUUUACAAUUUAUGUUGUACUGCCUUUUAAGAAUGUAUUUUCCUUUUUUUAACUUUUUUUUUUCUUUUUUUCUUUUUUCGUUUUUAUCAUUUCUGUAACACUUUACGAUAUUGGACACUUUAAAAAUGCUAAUGUAUUUACUAACAUGAACAAACAGUGAACAAUAAUAUUCUUGUUUGUAACGUUAAAUAAUAAAAGUACAAUUGUUCAAUGUUAGUUUAACUCGCGGUGCAUCAACUAAUAUUAACAAGCACAGCAAUUAGUGUUUAAUAAUCUAUUGUUUAUCAUUAGUUUGUGUUAGUAAAUAUCUAACGUCAUGUGCACUGUAUUGCAAAGUGUUACCAACAUUUUCUCUUGACUGAUUAAUCUUUGGAGAAUGUGGAAUUCUGUCACUAAACUUCUUUUAAUGCUGUUUUUAUUUUAAAAUAGUGCCAUUGUAAGAAACUGCACUUUAAACUGACAAAGUUGUUACUAUUUGUGUAGAUGUAUACAGCAAGUUGCAUGAGGGACUUGCUUUUGUAAAGUGCAAGCUGUCUAUACAGAAGAGUAACAUGGGUUAUUCUUUUUUUUUUAUUCUUACACGUGUUUGUAUUGAGGCCUUUUUAACAGUAAGACAGAAAACUCUAAUGAGAACUUAACUGAUACAACUUAAAGAUACAACGAUCAUAGAGUACAUUUAAAUUAUGUGGGAUACAUGCUUAUUUUAUUUUUUGCAUGUUCUUUAUUUAAAUGCACUUAAAAUUCACUGUAUUCAUUCAUAAAUACUGCUGAGGAAAGAUAUUAAUUUUGGAAUGCCCAUUCUCAUGAUUUUAUAUCAUUGAAAUUCUUGUUUUAUUGUCUGUAAAAUGUAGAGUGUGCUUUUGUUUUAACAUAAAUUUGCUGUUACUUCCUCUAAUAAAGCCACUGCCAUUCCUGAA